CUGCCUCGUUGCGCAUCAUCUCGGCUGCGAUGGGUCGCCACUUGCGUUCUCGCUUAUCGAUGUAGAGAUCGAUUCUGAAUUCCGAUGAUUUGCUGGACAGGUUGUUUGAAGUUUUGAGGUUGUGGGUACCGCGUAGAUUCCUCAACAAUGCAGGCGCGCUUUGUUUGUGGUUCGAUGAGCUGAUCGCUGACUUUCUGAUGGUACAGCCUGAUAUCUUGGUUUGAGAAGGCAGCGCUCCGCAAUGGCCAUCAAUCUAUAUGGGACGUACUACUCCAACGCUUGUGCCACGGCGAUCGUCGUGUUGCUUGAGAAGGAGGUAGAAUUUGAGCUCGUCAGCACUAGCGUCUUGCACGGAGAGCACAAGACGCCCAAGUACAUGGCCUUGCAGCCAUUCGGACUGGUCCCGUUUCUGCAAGAUGGUGACUUCAAGUUGUUUGGUACGACCUCCUGCUGCACUGUACCAUUAUAUUUCUAUUAUCUCUUUCCUUCUACUAAUAGUAGCAAUGAAUUCUUGACGCCUCAGCAAAGUGUGCGUUUCCGAAAUCGAUCGGUGGCGUUUGUGUUGGACUAGAAACUCCAAUCUUGAACGCUCUCGUCAAGUUUGUGGAAACAUUCUAUCCGACGAAGUGUAAUCGCGUGUGCAGAGUCGAGAGCCAUAAUGCGGUACAUCGCCGAUAAGUACGACCCUUCUUGUUUCAUUGAAUCAACCAUUUGGUUAUUCCAAUUUUUCUCUUAUAAAUAGAUUUUAGAGUUCUCUGCAUAAAAUGUUCACUUUGAAUGAAGUUUUAAAUUUUGACACUAAUGUGUGCAUAUAUAGAUACACACACACAUAAAGAAUAAAAAU